AUGGUGCACCCUAUCUAUUUCUCGCACCAUGUUGACCUCCUUCAAGCCUUACAACUAAAGUUAGGGACAGAGCAGUCUACGCAAGUUUUGGCAAAUGAUUGUGAUGAGAACUUCAUGAGUGAUGGAACUCUUGACACUGCUAUCGAUUGGAUACCGGGCAUGAGAGACAUGCGGUUGAAGGACCUCCCGAGCCACCACCGAACCACCAACCACGUCAUGGGGGAAGAGGCGCAAAAUCGCUUGAAGUCUCUGGCGAUCAUCUUCAACACCUUUGAUGAAUUCGAACAAGAAGUUCUAGAGGCGAUUGCGUCAAAUUUCUUCCCCCGCAUGUAUACAGUAGGACCACAACACUUGCUAUGUAGAAGGCACGUGACUGAUACUCAAAUCAAUUCAAUAAAUCCAAGCUUAUGGAAAGAGAACUCGGAGUCUCUCCGGUGGCUAGACCGAAGAGAGCCUGAAUCAGUCAUGUACUUGAACUACAGGAGCGUGACUGGGUUUGCUAGUGAGUUGGUGCCCCCAAGCCGAAGUGCUGUCACACCGAUCCGUUGGUGCAUUUCUGAUACACUGCGGGUGGAGUUCAAUGAUGGAAACAGGAUCGGAGUGGAGGUGGAUCAUGAUGUGAAGCGCGAAGAAGUUGAGGCUCUUGUCCGGGAUAUGAUAAAAGGGGAGAAAGGGAAGAAAUUGAGGAGCAGAUCUGAGGAGUGGAAGAAGAAGGCUGAAGAAGCGACUAAUGUUGGCGGAUCAUCUUACAGUAACUUGGAUAGAUUCAUUAAGGAGGCUAUGCAGAGUUUCCGGGUCAGCAUACUCGCACCUCAACUAAUUCUGGAAGCCCAAUCCCAUCGUCCACUUGCAAGGAACCUAAUUAAAGUCGGAACAAUUGCUCCGUAUGGUGCCCCAGUGGAGCCUGUUUAG